CAGAUUAAUAUAUACUACUAUAUAUUACAGUUUGUGUUUUUCUUUUCAGCAAAAAGAAAGAAAAAUCCAUUGUAAUUAAUUUAAUUUAUUGAUUUUAGGUGAUGUGGCAGAUUUGUAAAUAAGAAAGAAAUGCAAUGGCUAAAUGUGUAAAUAAAAAGAAAUAUUUAGUCUGCUUUCCGUGUUUCCAAGCAAUUCUCAUUUAAUCUGCUAUCCAAGUUUCCAAACGCAGAAUCUGUAAAUGAGAAAGAAAUACAAUGACUAAAAAUGUAAAUAAAAAGAUAUUUAAUCUGCUAUCCUUGUUUCCAAACAAUUUUCAUUUAAUCUACUAUCUAAGUUUCCAAACAGUACCAAAAGGUACUUCAGUUUUAAUAAUAUAGAUAACACAAAACAUAAGAAAAAAAAAUUUAAUUGUCAUAAAUGUGUUCUCUUCUUUUUAUGUAAUACUUUUAUAUAAUUAAUUAUGUGAAUAGAAUUUAUCAAAUCAUAUGUUAGACUAAUAAUUAUAUAAUUUUAUACAUUAAAAACUUUAAAUAUAAUCAAUAUAUACAUGUAUUUAUAUAUUACUGGAUCGGAUCAGAUAUCCACUUCCCAAAAUUUUUAAUAUUUGUGAUUUGUUUCGAUUUUAUCGGAUAUUGACUUUUAGUAUUUGCUUUGCUUCGAAAGUAUACGGAUAUCCAGAAUUUUCGGAUCGAAUCGAAACAAAUAACGAAUCAAAUAAAAUUUAACGGAAAAAAUGUCCAGACCUAAUCACCACUACAGUCUCAAUAUCUAUAUAUCUCGUGUGUUUAGGUUUGGUAGAUUUUCUCUUUGGGUUGUUUGAAGAAGUUCAUUAAUUAUGUUGUUAUAUAGAAAUACGAGUACAUGGUGAUAUUUGUGAGCAAAAACGAGGAAAUACGGAAUUUUUGACACUUGUAAGAAAAUGCAAAGUGAUUUUUGUUAGUGCUGACUGUUUUGGAACUAUGUACCUAAUUUCUGUAAAUAAAGGAAAGUUCAGUUGAAAAACAGCCUAACAUAAAUAUUACAAAUUUAAGAGCAUAAAGUAACAAAUAUAACCAUAUGUUCCUUAAUCUGCGUUGCUUACAACUUAAAUGGUAAGUUGGUAGGGAGGAUGUUUGAUAAUAUAUUUCUGUUUUGACUAUGCUAUUUUAUUUAAACAUUUUUGACUAUGAUAUUAACUAAUAUACUUGCUUAGAUAUUAAUACUUAUUUUGUAUAUAUUUGAUAAGACUAGCCAAUAAAUAAUCUGAAAAUAUUUAUAAUUUUGAGAUUCUUUAGUUAAUUUUGAAAUGCAAAUCAAUUAUGUAAGUGGAUAACUACUAAAGUUCUAAAAAUAAUUUUUUAAACAAGAUUGACCAAAAUUUUCUUAAAAUUUUAAUGACAUCCAUUAUUUUAUAUUUACAGUGAACUACUUAAAAAUAAAGGCAUAUGUUUAAAAUAGUUACAAAUUAACAUGACUACCUAAAUUCGCAGUAAAAGACAAUAUUAUUGUCAUAUUUAUUGUAAAAUUACUACAGUCAUCUUUAAAAUGUGAUUACAUUUAGGGUUUUUACUUGAAACCAUCGAAAAAGUUAGUUGCUUUAGUGUUAAAUAAAAGAAACAAACAAGUGGGAGAGUUAGGUCGCACGAGAAGAGAAAUGAAAAUUGAUGCAUGGCUAGACAUUUGAUGAGUUUUUACUAAUAUUUUCUUUUGUUUUGUCCAUAUUUUAGCAAAUAUUUUCUUUUUACAUUUUUAUAUUAGUUGAUCACUUAUGACUUGACAUGUAAACUGUAUAUAUUUCAGUUAACAUAUAUAAAUGAUGAAGCGCAAUCACAUAUAUAAUUUUAUCUCUUCGCUAAAACUAGUGCAUAUAAAAUGGUUUUAUAUAUUUUUAUUGGUAUCUUAAUUAGAUUUUCAUAAAAAGUUUGUAGUAAAAUAUUAAUAUGUUUAUCUUGAGCCCAUAAAAUGCUAGACACGUACAUCAUUUUGUAGGUGUAAAGUUAGUUGAUGAAAAGUUCUUUAGGCAUGAAGAUUGGAACAUUGGGACCGUGCAUCAUGAAAGGAAGCUCGCAAGUGAGGCAUAGAUGUCUUCUUUCUCGAGGAUCACGUUUGGGAUUGAGUGUUGGUUUAGACAAACAGAUAUUGCUAAACCAGUUGGUCUAGCUCCCACAAUCACCACUACAGUCUCAAUAUCUAUAUAUCUCGUGUGUUUAGGUAUGGUAGAUUUUCUCUUUGGGUUGUUCAGAGAUGUUCAUUAAUUUUGUUGUUAUAUAGAGAUACGAGUACAUGGUGAUUUGUGUGAGAAAAAACGAGGAAAGACAGAAUCUUAAAAUUUUGACACUUGUAAAAAAAUGCAAAGUGGUUUUUAUUAGUGCUGGCUGUUUUAGAACUAUGUACCUAAUUUCUUUAAAUAAAUGAGAGUUCAGUUGAAAAUCAGCCUAGCAUAAACGUUACGAAUUUAAGAGCAUAAGGUAACAUAUAUAACCAUAUGUUCUUUAAUCUGCGUGGCUUAAAACUUAAAUGGUGAGUGGGCAGAGAGGAUGUAUAAUAAUAUAUUUCUCUUUUGACUAUGCUAUUUUAUUUUAAUAUUUUUGACUAUGAUAUUAACUACUAUACAAGCUUAGAUAUUAAUACUUGUUUUGUAUAUAUUUGAUAAGACUAGCCAAUACAGAAUCUAAUUCUGAAAACAUUUAUUAUUUUGAGAUUCUUUAUUUAAUUUUUAAAUACAAAUCAAGUAUGUAUGUGGAUGACUAUUAAAGUUCUAAAAAAUAAUUUUUUAAACAAAAUUGACCAAAUUUUUCUUAAAAUUUUACUGACACCCAUUAUUUUAUAUUUACAGUGAACUACUUAAAAAUAAAGGCAUAUGUUUAAAAUAGUUACAAAUUAACUUGACUUUUUAAAUUCACAGUAAAAGACAAUAUUAGUGUCAAAUUACUACAAUCAUCUUUAAAAUGCGAUCACAUACAGGGUUUUUACUUGAAACCAUCAAAAAAGUUAGUUGUUUUUAAUGUUAAUAAAAGAAAAAAAAGAGUGUGAGAGUUAGGUCGCACGAGAAGAGAAAUGAAAAUGGAUGUAUGGCUAGACAUUUGAUGACUUUUUACUAAUAUUUUCUUUUGUUUUGUCCAUAUUUUAGCAAAUAUUUUCUUUUUACAUUUUUAUAUUAGUUGAUCACUUAUGACUUGACAUGUAAACUGUAUAUAUUUCAGUUAACAUAUAUAAAUGAUGAAGCGCAAUCACAUAUAUAAUUUUAUCUCUUCGCUAAAACUAGUGCAUAUAAAAUGGUUUUAUAUAUUUUUAUUGGUAUAUUAAUUAGAUUUUCAUAAAAAGUUUGUAGUAAAAUAUUAAUAUGUUUAUCUUGAGCCCAUAAAAUGCUAGACACGUACAUCAUUUUGUAGGUGUAAAGUUAGUUGAUGAAAAGUUCUUUGGGCAUGAAGAUUGGAACAUUGGGACCGUGCAUCAUGAAAGGAAGCUCGCAAGUGAGGCAUAAAUGUCUUCUUUCUCGAGGAUCACGUUUGGGAUUGAGUGUUGGUUUAGACAAACAGAUAUUGCUAAACCAGUUGGUCUAGCUCCCACAAUCACCACUACAGUCUCAAUAUCUAUAUAUCUCGUGUGUUUAGGUAUGGUAGAUUUUCUCUUUGGGUUGUUCGGAGAUGUUCAUUAAUUUUGUUGUUAUAUAGAGAUACGAGUACAUGGUGAUUUGUGUGAGAAAAAACGAGGAAAGACGGAAUCUUAAAAUUUUGACACUUGUAAGAAAAUGCAAAGUGGUUUUUAUUAGUGCUGGCUGUUUUAGAACUAUGUACCUAAUUUCUUUAAAUAAAUGAGAGUUCAGUUGAAAAUCAGCCUAGCAUAAACGUUACGAAUUUAAGAGCAUAAGGUAACAUAUAUAACCAUAUGUUCUUUAAUCUGCGUGGCUUAAAACUUAAAUGGUGAGUGGGCGGAGAGGAUGUAUAAUAAUAUAUUUCUCUUUUGACUAUGCUAUUUUAUUUUAACAUUUUUGACUAUGAUAUUAACUACUAUACAAGCUUAGAUAUUAAUACUUGUUUUGUAUAUAUUUGAUAAGACUAGCCAAUACAGAAUCUAAUUCUGAAAACAUUAAUUAUUUUGAAAUUCUUUAUUUAAUUUUUAAAUACAAAUCAAGUAUGUAUGUGGAUGACUACUAAAGUUCUAAAAAAUAAUUUUUUAAACAAAAUUGACCAAAUUUUUCUUAAAAUUUUACUGACACCCAUUAUUUUAUAUUUACAGUGAACUACUUAAAAAUAAAGGCAUAUGUUUAAAAUAGUUACAAAUUAACUUGACUUUUUAAAUUCACAGUAAAAGACAAUAUUAGUGUCAUAUUUAUUGUAAAAUUACUACAAUCAUCUUUAAAAUGCGAUCACAUACAGGGUUUUUACUUGAAACCAUCGAAAAAGUUAGUUGUUUUUAAUGUUAAUAAAAGAAAAAAAAGAGUGUGAGAGUUAGGUCGCACGAGAAGAGAAAUGAAAAUGGAUGUAUGGCUAGACAUUUGAUGACUUUUUACUAAUAUUUAUUUUUGUUUUGUCCAUAUUUUAGCAAAUAUUUUCUUUUACAUUUUUAUAUUAGUUUAUCACUUAUAACUUGACAUGUAAACUGUAUUAACUCUUUUGACUAUGCUAUUUUAUUUUAACAUUUUGACUAUGAUAUUAACUACUAUACAAGCUUAGAUAUUAAUACUUGUUUUGUAUAUAUUUGAUAAGACUAGCCAAUACAGAAUCUGAAAACAUUUAUUAUUUUGAGAUUCUUUAUUUAAUUUUUAAAUACAAAUCAAGUAUGUAUGUGGAUGACUACUAAAGUUCUAACAAAUAAAUUUUUAAACAAAAUUGACCAAAUUUUUCUUAAAAUUUUACUGACACCCAUUAUUUUAUAUUUACAGUGAACUACUUAAAAAUAAAGGCAUAUGUUUAAAAUAGUUACAAAUUAACUUGAAUUUUUAAAUUCACAGAAAAGACAAUAUUAGUGUCAUAUUUAUUGUAAAAUUACUACAAUCAUCUUUAAAAUGCGAUCACAUACAGGGUUUUUACUUGAAACCAUCGAAAAAGUUAGUUGUUUUAAUGUUAAUAAAAGAAAAAAAAAAGAGUGUGAGAGUUAGGUCGCACGAGAAGAGAAAUGAAAAUGGAUGUAUGGCCAGACAUUUGAUGACUUUUUACUAAUAUUUUCUUUUGUUUUGUCCAUAUUUUAGCAAAUAUUUUCUUUUACAUUUUUAUAUUAGUUUAUCACUUAUAACUUGACAUGUAAACUGUAUAUAUUUCAGUUAACUUAUAUAAAUGAUGAAGAUGUUCGCAAUCACCUAUAUAAUUUUAUGAUAAUUUUCUUACUAAUAUAAUUUAUCUCUUCACCAAAACUAGUGCAUAUAAAAUGGUUUUAUAUAUUUUUAUUGGCAUAUUAAUUAGAUUUUCCUAAAAACUUUGUAGUAAAAUAUUAAUAUGUUUAUCUUGAGCCCGUACGUCACUUUGUAGGUGUAACGCUAGUUGAUGAAAAGUUCUUUGGGCAUGAAGAUUGGAACUUUGGUAACGUGCAUCAUUAAAGGAAGCUCACAAGUGAUGCAUAGAUGUCUUCUUUCUCGAGGAUCACGUUUGGGAUUGAGUGUUGGUUUAGACAAACAGAUGUUGCUAAACCAGCUGGUCUAGCUCCCACAAUCACCACUACAGUCUCAAUAUCUAUAUGUCUCGUGUGUUUAGGUAUGAUAGAUUUUCUCUUUGGGUUGUUCGGAGAUGUUCAUUAAUUAUGUUGUUAUAUAGAGAUAUGAGGACAUAGUGAUAUGUGUGAGCAAAAACGAGGAAAUACGAAAUCUUAAAAAAAUUUGACACUUGUAAGAAAAUGCAAAGUGUUUUUUACUAGUGCUGACUGUUUUGGAACUAUGUACCUUUUUUUGUAAAUAAAGGAGAGUUCAGUUGAAAUACAGCCUAGCAUAAGGUUACAAAUUUAAGAGCAUAAGGUAAUAUAUAUAACUAUAUGUUCCUUAAUCUGUGUGGCUUACAACUUAAAAGGAGAGUUGGCAGAGAGGAUGUAUGAUAAUAUACUUCUGUUUUGACUAUGCUAUUUUAUUUUAACAUUUUUGACUAUGAUAUUAACUACUAUACUUGCUUAGAUAUUAAUACUUGUUUUGUAUAUAUUUGAUAAGACUAGCCAAUAAAAAACCCGAAAACAUUUAUUAUUUUGAGAUUCUUUAUUUAAUUUUGAAAUACAAAUCAAGUAUGUAAGUGGAUGACUACUAAAUUUCUAAAAAAAUAAAAUUUUAAACAAAAUUGACCAAAUUUUCUUAAAAUUUUACUGACACCCAUUAUUUUAUAUUUACAGUGAACUACUUAAAAAUAAUGGCAUAUGUUUAAAAUAGUUACAAAUUAACUUAAGAAUCUAAAUUUGCAGUAAAAGACAAUAUAAGUGUCAUAUUUAUUGUAAAACUACUACAGUCAUGUUUAAAAUGCGGUUACAUACAUAGUUUUUACUUGAAACCAUCAAAAAAGUUAGUUGCUUUAAUGUUAAAUAAAAGAAACAAACAAAUGUGAGAGUUAGGUCGCACAAGAAGGGAAAUGAAAAUGGAUGCAUUGCUAGAUAUUUGAUGACUUUUUACUAAUAUUUUCUUUUGUUUUGUCUAUAUUUUAGCAAAUAUUUUCUUUUACCAUAUUUAUAUUAGUUUAUCACUUAUAACUUGACAUGUAAACGGUAUAUAUUUCAGUUAACAUAUAUAAAUGAUGAAGAUGUUCUUAAUCACCUAUAUAAUUUUAUGAUAAUUGUUUUACUAAUAUAAUUUUAUCUCUUCGCUAAAACUAGUGCAUAUAAAAUGGUUUUAUAUAUUUUUAUUGGUAUAUUAAUUAGAUUUUCCUUAAACGUUUGUAGUAAAAUAUUAAUAUGUUUAUCUUGAGCCCGUAAAAUACUAGACACGUACGUCACUUUGUAGUUGUAACGCUAGUUGAUGAAAAGUUCAUUGGGCAUGAAGAUUGGAACUUUGGUACCGUGCAUCAUGAAAGGAAGCUCGCAAGUGAUGCAUAGAUGUCUUCUUUCUCGAGGAUCACGUUUGGGAUUGAGUGUUGGUUUAGACAAACAGAUGUUGCUAAACCAGCUGGUCUAGCUCCCACAAUCACCACUACAGUCUCAAUAUCUAUAUAUCUCAUGUGUUUAUGUUUGGUAGAUUUUCUCUUUGGGUUGUUCGGAGAUGUUCAUUAAUAAUCCUAUCUUUAUAUAGAGAUACAAGUACAUGGUGAUAUGUGUGAGCAAAAACGAGGAAAUACGUAAUCUUAAAAUUUUUGACACUUGUAAGAAAAUGCAAAGUGGUUUUUGUUAGUGCUAACUGUUUUGGAACUAUGUACCUAAUUUAUGUAAAUAAAGGAGAGUUCAGUUGAAAAACAGCCUAGCAUAAACGUUAUGAAUUUAAGAGCAUAAGGUAACAAAUAUAACCAUAUGUUCCUUAAUCUGCGUGGCUUACAACUUAAAUGGUGAGUUCGCAGAGAGGAUGUAUGAUAAUAUGUUUCUGUUUUGACAAUGAUAUUUUAUUUUAAUAUUUUUGACUAUGAUAUUAACUACUAUACUUGCUUAGAUAUUAAUACUUGUUUUUUAUAUAUUUGAUAAGACUAGCCAAUACAGAACCUGAAAACAUUUAUUAUUUUGAGAUUCUUUAUUUAAUUUUGAAAUACAAAUCAAGUAUGAAAGUGGAUGACUACUAAAUUUCUAAAAAAUAAAAUUUUAAACAAAAUUGACUAAAUUUUCUAAAAAUUUUACUGAGACCCAUUAUUUUAUAUUUAAAGUGAACUACUUAAAAAUAAAGGCAUAUGUUUAAAAUAGUUACAAAUUAACUUAACUAUCUAAAUUCGCAGUAAAAGACAAUACUAGUGUCAUAUUUAUUGUAAAACUACUACAGUCAUUUUUAAAAUGCGAUUACAUACAUGGUUUUUACUUGAAACCAUCGAAAAAGUUAGUUGCUUUAAUGUUAAAUAAAAGUAACAAACAAGUGUGAGAGUUAGGUCGCACGAGAAGAGAAAUGAAAAUGGAUGCAUUGCUAGACAUUUGAUUACUUUUUACUAAUAUUUUCUUUUGUUUUGUCCAUAUUUUAGCAAAUAUUUUCUUUUUACAUUUUUAUAUUAGUUGAUCACUUAUGACUUGACAUGUAAACUGUAUAUAUUUCAGUUAACAUAUAUAAAUGAUGAAGCGCAAUCACAUAUAUAAUUUUAUCUCUUCGCUAAAACUAGUGCAUAUAAAAUGGUUUUAUAUAUUUUUAUUGGUAUAUUAAUUAGAUUUCAUAAAAAGUUUGUAGUAAAAUAUUAAUAUGUUUAUCUUGAGCCCAUAAAAUGCUAGACACGUACAUCAUUUUGUAGGUGUAAAGUUAGUUGAUGAAAAGUUCUUUGGGCAUGAAGAUUGGAACAUUGGGACCGUGCAUCAUGAAAGGAAGCUCGCAAGUGAGGCAUAGAUGUCUUCUUUCUCGAGGAUCACGUUUGGGAUUGAGUGUUGGUUUAGACAAACAGAUAUUGCUAAACCAGUUGGUCUAGCUCCCACAAUCACCACUACAGUCUCAAUAUCUAUAUAUCUCGUGUGUUUAGGUAUGGUAGAUUUUCUCUUUGGGUUGUUCAGAGAUGUUCAUUAAUUUUGUUGUUAUAUAGAGAUACGAGUACAUGGUGAUUUGUGUGAGAAAAAACGAGGAAAGACGGAAUCUUAAAAUUUUGACACUUGUAAAAAAAUGCAAAGUGGUUUUUAUUAGUGCUGGCUGUUUUAGAACUAUGUACCUAAUUUCUUUAAAUAAAUGAGAGUUCAGUUGAAAAUCAGCCUAGCAUAAACGUUACGAAUUUAAGAGCAUAAGGUAACAUAUAUAACCAUAUGUUCUUUAAUCUGCGUGGCUUAAAACUUAAAUGGUGAGUGGGCAGAGAGGAUGUAUAAUAAUAUAUUUCUCUUUUGACUAUGCUAUUUUAUUUUAACAUUUUUGACUAUGAUAUUAACUACUAUACAAGCUUAGAUAUUAAUACUUGUUUUGUAUAUAUUUGAUAAGACUAGCCAAUACAGAAUCUAAUUCUGAAAACAUUUAUUAUUUUGAGAUUCUUUAUUUAAUUUUUAAAUACAAAUCAAGUAUGUAUGUGGAUGACUAUUAAAGUUCUAAAAAAUAAUUUUUUAAACAAAAUUGACCAAAUUUUUCUUAAAAUUUUACUGACACCCAUUAUUUUAUAUUUACAGUGAACUACUUAAAAAUAAAGGCAUAUGUUUAAAAUAGUUACAAAUUAACUUGACUUUUUAAAUUCACAGUAAAAGACAAUAUUAGUGUCAUAUUUAUUGUAAAAUUACUACAAUCAUCUUUAAAAUGCGAUCACAUACAGGGUUUUUACUUGAAACCAUCAAAAAAGUUAGUUGUUUUUAAUGUUAAUAAAAGAAAAAAAAGAGUGUGAGAGUUAGGUCGCACGAGAAGAGAAAUGAAAAUGGAUGUAUGGCUAGACAUUUGAUGACUUUUUACUAAUAUUUUCUUUUGUUUUGUCCAUAUUUUAGCAAAUAUUUUCUUUUUACAUUUUUAUAUUAGUUGAUCACUUAUGACUUGACAUGUAAACUGUAUAUAUUUCAGUUAACAUAUAUAAAUGACGAAGCGCAAUCACAUAUAUAAUUUUAUCUCUUCGCUAAAACUAGUGCAUAUAAAAUGGUUUUAUAUAUUUUUAUUGGUAUAUUAAUUAGAUUUUCAUAAAAAGUUUGUAGUAAAAUAUUAAUAUGUUUAUCUUGAGCCCAUAAAAUGCUAGACACGUACAUCAUUUUGUAGGUGUAAAGUUAGUUGAUGAAAAGUUCUUUGGGCAUGAAGAUUGGAACAUUGGGACCGUGCAUCAUGAAAGGAAGCUCGCAAGUGAGGCAUAGAUGUCUUCUUUCUCGAGGAUCACGUUUGGGAUUGAGUGUUGGUUUAGACAAACAGAUAUUGCUAAACCAGUUGGUCUAGCUCCCACAAUCACCACUACAGUCUCAAUAUCUAUAUAUCUCGUGUGUUUAGGUAUGGUAGAUUUUCUCUUUGGGUUGUUCGGAGAUGUUCAUUAAUUUUGUUGUUAUAUAGAGAUACGAGUACAUGGUGAUUUGUGUGAGAAAAAACGAGGAAAGACGGAAUCUUAAAAUUUUGACACUUGUAAAAAAAUGCAAAGUGGUUUUUAUUAGUGCUGGCUGUUUUAGAACUAUGUACCUAAUUUCUUUAAAUAAAUGAGAGUUCAGUUGAAAAUCAGCCUAGCAUAAACGUUACGAAUUUAAGAGCAUAAGGUAACAUAUAUAACCAUAUGUUCUUUAAUCUGCGUGGCUUAAAACUUAAAUGGUGAGUGGGCGGAGAGGAUGUAUAAUAAUAUAUUUCUCUUUUGACUAUGCUAUUUUAUUUUAACAUUUUUGACUAUGAUAUUAACUACUAUACAAGCUUAGAUAUUAAUACUUGUUUUGUAUAUAUUUGAUAAGACUAGCCAAUACAGAAUCUAAUUCUGAAAACAUUAAUUAUUUUGAAAUUCUUUAUUUAAUUUUUAAAUACAAAUCAAGUAUGUAUGUGGAUAACUACUAAAGUUCUAAAAAAUAAUUUUUUAAACAAAAUUGACCAAAUUUUUCUUAAAAUUUUACUGACACCCAUUAUUUUAUAUUUACAGUGAACUACUUAAAAAUAAAGACAUAUGUUUAAAAUAGUUACAAAUUAACUUGACUUUUUAAAUUCACAGUAAAAGACAAUAUUAGUGUCAUAUUUAUUGUAAAAUUACUACAAUCAUCUUUAAAAUGCGAUCACAUACAGGGUUUUUACUUGAAACCAUCGAAAAAGUUAGUUGUUUUUAAUGUUAAUAAAAGAAAAAAAAGAGUGUGAGAGUUAGGUCGCACGAGAAGAGAAAUGAAAAUGGAUGUAUGGCUAGACAUUUGAUGACUUUUUACUAAUAUUUAUUUUUGUUUUGUCCAUAUUUUAGCAAAUAUUUUCUUUUACAUUUUUAUAUUAGUUUAUCACUUAUAACUUGACAUGUAAACUGUAUUAACUCUUUUGACUAUGCUAUUUUAUUUUAACAUUUUUGACUAUGAUAUUAACUACUAUACAAGCUUAGAUAUUAAUACUUGUUUUGUAUAUAUUUGAUAAGACUAGCCAAUACAGAAUCUGAAAACAUUUAUUAUUUUGAGAUUCUUUAUUUAAUUUUUAAAUACAAAUCAAGUAUGUAUGUGGAUGACUACUAAAGUUCUAACAAAUAAAUUUUUAAACAAAAUUGACCAAAUUUUUCUUAAAAUUUUACUGACACCCAUUAUUUUAUAUUUACAGUGAACUACUUAAAAAUAAAGGCAUAUGUUUAAAAUAGUUACAAAUUAACUUGAAUUUUUAAAUUCACAGAAAAGACAAUAUUAGUGUCAUAUUUAUUGUAAAAUUACUACAAUCAUCUUUAAAAUGCGAUCACAUACAGGGUUUUUACUUGAAACCAUCGAAAAAGUUAGUUGUUUUAAUGUUAAUAAAAGAAAAAAAAAAGAGUGUGAGAGUUAGGUCGCACGAGAAGAGAAAUGAAAAUGGAUGUAUGGCUAGACAUUUGAUGACUUUUUACUAAUAUUUUCUUUUGUUUUGUCCAUAUUUUAGCAAAUAUUUUCUUUUACAUUUUUAUAUUAGUUUAUCACUUAUAACUUGACAUGUAAACUGUAUAUAUUUCAGUUAACUUAUAUAAAUGAUGAAGAUGUUCGCAAUCACCUAUAUAAUUUUAUGAUAAUUUUCUUACUAAUAUAAUUUAUCUCUUCACCAAAACUAGUGCAUAUAAAAUGGUUUUAUAUAUUUUUAUUGGCAUAUUAAUUAGAUUUUCCUAAAAACUUUGUAGUAAAAUAUUAAUAUGUUUAUCUUGAGCCCGUACGUCACUUUGUAGGUGUAACGCUAGUUGAUGAAAAGUUCUUUGGGCAUGAAGAUUGGAACUUUGGUAACGUGCAUCAUUAAAGGAAGCUCAGAAGUUAUGCAUAGAUGUCUUCUUUCUCGAGGAUCACGUUUGGGAUUGAGUGUUGGUUUAGACAAACAGAUGUUGCUAAACCAGCUGGUCUAGCUCCCACAAUCACCACUACAGUCUCAAUAUCUAUAUGUCUCGUGUGUUUAGGUAUGAUAGAUUUUCUCUUUGGGUUGUUCGGAGAUGUUCAUUAAUUAUGUUGUUAUAUAGAGAUACGAGGACAUAGUGAUAUGUGUGAGCAAAAACGAGGAAAUACGAAAUCUUAAAAAAAUUUGACACUUGUAAGAAAAUGCAAAGUGUUUUUUACUAGUGCUGACUGUUUUGGAACUAUGUACCUUUUUUUGUAAAUAAAGGAGAGUUCAGUUGAAAUACAGCCUAGCAUAAGGUUACAAAUUUAAGAGCAUAAGGUAAUAUAUAUAACUAUAUGUUCCUUAAUCUGUGUGGCUUACAACUUAAAAGGAGAGUUGGCAGAGAGGAUGUAUGAUAAUAUACUUCUGUUUUGACUAUGCUAUUUUAUUUUAACAUUUUUGACUAUGAUAUUAACUACUAUACUUGCUUAGAUAUUAAUACUUGUUUUGUAUAUAUUUGAUAAGACUAGCCAAUAAAAAACCCGAAAACAUUUAUUAUUUUGAGAUUCUUUAUUUAAUUUUGAAAUACAAAUCAAGUAUGUAAGUGGAUGACUACUAAAUUUCUAAAAAAAAUAAAAUUUUAAACAAAAUUGACCAAAUUUUCUUAAAAUUUUACUGACACCCAUUAUUUUAUAUUUACAGUGAACUACUUAAAAAUAAUGGCAUAUGUUUAAAAUAGUUACAAAUUAACUUAAGAAUCUAAAUUUGCAGUAAAAGACAAUAUAAGUGUCAUAUUUAUUGUAAAACUACUACAGUCAUGUUUAAAAUGCGGUUACAUACAUAGUUUUUACUUGAAACCAUCAAAAAAGUUAGUUGCUUUAAUGUUAAAUAAAAGAAACAAACAAAUGUGAGAGUUAGGUCGCACAAGAAGGGAAAUGAAAAUGGAUGCAUUGCUAGAUAUUUGAUGACUUUUUACUAAUAUUUUCUUUUGUUUUGUCUAUAUUUUAGCAAAUAUUUUCUUUUACCAUAUUUAUAUUAGUUUAUCACUUAUAACUUGACAUGUAAACGGUAUAUAUUUCAGUUAACAUAUAUAAAUGAUGAAGAUGUUCUUAAUCACCUAUAUAAUUUUAUGAUAAUUGUUUUACUAAUAUAAUUUUAUCUCUUCGCUAAAACUAGUGCAUAUAAAAUGGUUUUAUAUAUUUUUAUUGGUAUAUUAAUUAGAUUUUCCUUAAACGUUUGUAGUAAAAUAUUAAUAUGUUUAUCUUGAGCCCGUAAAAUACUAGACACGUACGUCACUUUGUAGUUGUAACGCUAGUUGAUGAAAAGUUCAUUGGGCAUGAAGAUUGGAACUUUGGUACCGUGCAUCAUGAAAGGAAGCUCGCAAGUGUGCAUAGAUGUCUUCUUUCUCGAGGAUCACGUUUGGGAUUGAGUGUUGGUUUAGACAAACAGAUGUUGCUAAACCAGCUGGUCUAGCUCCCACAAUCACCACUACAGUCUCAAUAUCUAUAUAUCUCAUGUGUUUAUGUUUGGUAGAUUUUCUCUUUGGGUUGUUCGGAGAUGUUCAUUAAUAAUCCUAUCUUUAUAUAGAGAUACAAGUACAUGGUGAUAUGUGUGAGCAAAAACGAGGAAAUACGUAAUCUUAAAAUUUUUGACACUUGUAAGAAAAUGCAAAGUGGUUUUUGUUAGUGCUAACUGUUUUGGAACUAUGUACCUAAUUUAUGUAAAUAAAGGAGAGUUCAGUUGAAAAACAGCCUAGCAUAAACGUUAUGAAUUUAAGAGCAUAAGGUAACAAAUAUAACCAUAUGUUCCUUAAUCUGCGUGGCUUACAACUUAAAUGGUGAGUUCGCAGAGAGGAUGUAUGAUAAUAUGUUUCUGUUUUGACAAUGAUAUUUUAUUUUAAUAUUUUUGACUAUGAUAUUAACUACUAUACUUGCUUAGAUAUUAAUACUUGUUUUUUAUAUAUUUGAUAAGACUAGCCAAUACAGAACCUGAAAACAUUUAUUAUUUUGAGAUUCUUUAUUUAAUUUUGAAAUACAAAUCAAGUAUGAAAGUGGAUGACUACUAAAUUUCUAAAAAAUAAAAUUUUAAACAAAAUUGACUAAAUUUUCUAAAAAUUUUACUGAGACCCAUUAUUUUAUAUUUAAAGUGAACUACUUAAAAAUAAAGGCAUAUGUUUAAAAUAGUUACAAAUUAACUUAACUAUCUAAAUUCGCAGUAAAAGACAAUACUAGUGUCAUAUUUAUUGUAAAACUACUACAGUCAUUUUUAAAAUGCGAUUACAUACAUGGUUUUUACUUGAAACCAUCGAAAAAGUUAGUUGCUUUAAUGUUAAAUAAAAGUAACAAACAAGUGUGAGAGUUAGGUCGCACGAGAAGAGAAAUGAAAAUGGAUGCAUUGCUAGACAUUUGAUGACUUUUUACAAAUAUUUUCUUUUGUUUUGUCCAUAUUUUAGCAAAUAUUUUCUUUUUACAUUUUUAUAUUAGUUUAUCACUUUUAACUUGACAUGUAAACUGUAUAUAUUUCAGUUAACAUAUAUAAAUGAUGAAGAUGUUCGCAAUCACCUAUAUAAUUUUAUGAUAAUUUUCUAACUAAUAUAAUUUGAUCUCUUCGGUAAAACUAGUGCAUAUAAAUGGUUUUAUAUAGUUCUAUUGGUAUUCUAAUUAGAUUUUCAUAAAAAGUUUGUAGUAAAAUAUUUAUAUGUUUAUCUUGAGCACGUAAAAUGCUAGACACGUACGUCACUUUGUUGGUGUAAAGCUAGUUGAUGAAAAGUUAUUUGGACAUGAAGAUUGGAACAUUGGGACCGUGCAUCAAGAAAGGAAGCUCACAAGUGAUGCAUAGAUGUCUUCUUUCUAGAGGAUCACGUUUGGGAUUGAGUGUUAGUUUAUACAAACAGAUGUUGCUAAACCAGCUGGUCUAGCUCCCACAAUCACCACUACAGUUUCAAUAUCUAUAUAUCUCAUGUGUUAGGUUUGGUAGAUUUUCUCUUUCGGUUGUUCGGAGAUGUUCAUUAAUUCUGUUUUUAUAUAGAGAUACAAGUACACGGUGAUAUGUGUGAGCAAAAACGAGAAAAUAUGAAAUCUUAAAAUUUUUGACACUUGUAAAAAAAUGCAAAGUGGUUUUUGUUAGUGCUGACUGUUUCUGAACUAUGUACCUAUUUUCUGUAAAUAAAGGAGAGUUCAGUUGAAAAACAGCCUAGCAUAAACAUUACGAAUUUAAGAGCAUAAAGUAACAAAUAUAAACAUAUGUUCCUUAAUGUGCGUGGCUUACAACCUAAAUGGUGAGUUGGCAGAGAUGAUAUAUGAUAAUAUAUUUCUGUUUUGACUAUGCAAUUUUAUUUUAAUAUUUUUGACUAUGACAUUAACUACUAUAUUUGUUUAAAUAUUAAUACUUGUUUUGUAUAUAUUUGAUAAGACUAGCCAUACAGAAUCUGAAAACAUUUAUUAUUUUGAGAUUCUUUAUUUAAUUUUGAAAUACAAAUCAACUAUGUAAGUGGAUGACUACUAAAGUUCUAAAAAAUAAUUUUUUAAACAAAAUUGACCAAAUUUUCUUAAACUUUUACUGACACCCAUUAUUUUAUAUUUACACUGAACUACCUAAAAAUAAAGGCGUAUGUUUACAAUAGUUACAAAUUAACUUGACUGUCUAAAUUAGCAGUACAAGACAAUAUUAGUGUCAUAUUUAUUGUAAAACUACUACAUGCAUCUUUAAAAUGCGAUUACAUACAUGGUUUUGACUUGAAACCAUCGAAAAAGUAUGUUGCUUUAAUGUUAAAUAAAAUAAACAAGCAAGUGUGCGAGUUAGGUCGCACGAGAAUAGAAAUGAAAAUGGAUGCAUUGCUAGACAUUUGAUGACUUUUUACUAAUAUUUUCUUUUGUUUUGUCUAUAUUUUAGCAAAUAUUUAAUUUUCUUUUACAUUUUUAUAUUAGUUUAUCACUUAUAACUUGACAUGGAAACGGUAUAUAUUUCAGUUAACAUAUAUAAAUGAUGAAGAUGUUCGCAAUCACCUAUAUAAUUUUAUGAUAAUUUUCUUACUAAUAUAAUUUAUCUCUUCACCAAAACAUGUACGUCACUUUGUCGGUGUAACGCUAGUUGAUGAAAAGUUCUUUGGGCAUGAAGAUUGGAACUUUGGUGCUGUUCAUCAUGAAAGGAAGCUCGCAAGUGAUGCAUAGAUGUCUUCUUUCUCGAGGAUCACGUUUGGGAUUGAGUGUUGGUUUAGACAAACAGAGGUUGCUAAACCAGCUGGUCUAGCUCCCACAAUCACCACUACAGUCUCAAUAUCUAUAUAUCUCGUGUGUUUAGGUAUGAUAGGUUUUCUCUUUGGGUUGUUCGGAGAUAUUCAAUAAUUAUGUUGUUAUAUAAAGAUACGAGUACAUGGUGAUAUGUGUGAGCAAAAAUGACGAAAUACGGAAUCUUAAAAUUUUUGACACUUGUAAGAAAAUGCAAAGUGGUUUUUGUUAGUGCUGAUUGUUUUGGAACUAUGUACCUAAUUUCUGGAAAUAAAGGAGAGUUCAGUUGAAAAAUAGCCUCGCAUAAACGUUACGAAUUUAAGAGAAUAAAGUAACAAAUAUAACCAUAUGUUCCUUAAUCUGCGUGGCUUACAACUUAAAUGGUGAGUUGGCAGAGAGGAUGUAAGAUAACAUAUUUUUUUUUUACUAUGCUAUUUUAUUUUAACAUUUUUGACUAUGAUAUUAACUACUAUACUUGCUUAGAUAUUAAUACUUGUUUUGUAUUAUAUUUGAUAAGACAAGCCAAUACAGAAUCUGAAAACAUUUAUUAUUUUGAGAUUCUUUAUUUAGUUUUGAAAUACAAAUCAAGUAUGUAAGUGGAUGAAUACUAAAGUUCUAAAAAAUAAUGUUUUAAACAAAAUUGACCAAAUUUUCUUAAAAUUUUACUCACACCCAUUAUUUUAUAUUUACAGUGAACUAGUUAAAAAUAAAGGCAUAUGUUUAAAAUAGUUACAAAUUAACUUGACUAUCUAAAUUCGCAGUAAAAGACAAUAUUAGUGUCAUAUUUAUUGUAAAACUACUAGGGUCAUCUUUAAAAUGCGAUUACAUACAUGGUUUUUCCUUGAAACCAUCGAAAAGGUAAGUUGCUUUAAUGUUAAAUAAAAGAAACAAACAAGUGUGAAAGUUAGGUCGCACGAGAAGAGAAAUAAAAAUGGAUGUAUGGCAAGAUAUAUGAUGACUUUUUACUAAAAUUUUCUUUUGUUUUGUCCGUAUUUUAGCAAAUAUUUUCUUUUUAUAUUUUUAUAUUAGUUUAUCACUUAUAAUUUGACAUGUAAACUGUAUAUAUUUCAGUUAACAUAUAUAAAUGAUGAAGAUGUUCGCAAUCACCUAUAUAAUUUUAUCUCUUCGGUAAAACUAGUGCAUAUAAAAUGGUUUUAUAUAUUUUUAUUGAUAUAUUAAUUAUGUUUUCAUAAAAAGUUUGUAGUAAAAUAUUAAUAUGUUUAUCUUGAGCCCGUAAAAUGCUAGAUACGUACGUCACUUUGUAGGCGUAAAGCCAGUUGGUGAAAAGUUCUUUGGACAUGAAGAUUGGAACAUUGGGACCGUGCAUCAUGAAAUGAAGCUCGCAAGUGAUGCAUAGAUGUCUUCUUUCUUGAGGAUCACAUUUGGGAUUGAGUGUUGGUUUAGACAAACAGAUGUUGCUAAACCAGCUGGUCUAGCUCCCACAAUCACCACUACAGUCUCAAUAUCUAUAUAUAUCUCGUGUGUUUAGGUAUGAUAGAUUUUUUCUUUGGGUUGUUCGAAGAUUCAUUAAUUCUGUUCUUAUAUAGAGAUACAAGGACAUGAUGAUAUGUGUGAGCAAAAACGUUGUAAUACGGAAUCUUGUAACAUUUAUUAUUUUGAGAUUAUCAUACCUAAAUGUUUUUUAUAACAUAAAAUUAUAGUUUGGAUAUGUAUAUAUUUUAUGUUUAAAAACAAUUAGAAAAUACGUAAUUUUAGUUUUUAUAUUUUUAUUUUCAUUUGAUAUACAAAAUAUCAAAAAAUAGUUUAGACUAUUUAAAAUUUUCUCUAACAAAGUAAGAGUUAGGAUAUAUAUAAAAAAAUCAAGACAUAUAAUUUAUAAAUAUUUAAAUGUUUAAUAUGAAUAAUAAUUAAACUUCAAAUACAAAAUAAACCAAAAGUAAAAAAAUCAUUGCAAUAAUUAUCUAUAACUGAAAUAAACUAACACCAAAUCACAUCAACUAAUUUUGGUUUUCUCUAUCAUCGUUUAUUUCAUUUUCUUUGGGUGGCAUAAUGAAAUCUUCGUCAAAAUCUAAAAGUCACAAAUAUAAAAUUGAAAAGGGAGAACCGAACUUUUUUUUUGUCAGCACCUAACUUCUUAAUUGAAAACUUAAAAUAUAAAACAUAAUCUAAAGAUAUAAUUAAAAACUAAAAAAAGAAGAAGUAAAAUUUAUUUAUUGGUUCAACCGAUGGUUCAACCAGUAUCGGAUUCCGGAUUUUACUGGAUUUUUACGAAGUUUUGCUGGUUUCUAAGUAUGUUUUUCAUAAAUCUCAAACCGAAUUUUUUCUGGAUCACUAGAUUUAGCGGUUCAACCACCGGUGUGAGUCGAAUUUCAAAACACUGGUUGUAGGGUUUUAACAUCACUCUGUAACCUUAAACGCCCACCAUCUCUCUCUCUCUCUCUCUCUCUCUCUUCUUUUCUCAGGUACGAUUAAAAGAAACUAGCUUCGCCCCCGUUUACCAUUUCUCUUCUUCCCCAAAUCCAAAAAUCCAAUAGAAGUGAUUCGAAAAAGGAGUCGACUUUUAUUGAGCAGGAUCAAAAUUAACUCUGCAAAAGUUUCUCAAUUUCAGUUAGUGAUUCGAAGCUCGUGACCAUGGCCAGAGGCGUCGCUAGAGUUCUGCGUAGAGCGUAUACUUCCAGAGCUAGAGUUCUCUCUUCCACCCGAAGUUUUCACACUUGCAGAGAACCCCAUUGUAGAUCUCUUGCUCUGCCCGCAACCCGGUUCUUCUCGGAUAGUCCGGUUCGUAUUCACCUCCCAUGGAACGAUUACACACUUGGGUUUGGUAAAGUUAGAUGCUUUUCCUCAACGGUGGACAAUAACGACGAGAACAAACUCGAAUCCAAUAUAGAAGACUGUGAAGAAGAAGAAGAAAGCCUUCUUGAUUCUGACUCCGAGAGCGACGGUUACGACGAGGAAGGUGUGGUUAACGAGCUUGGCGAUGUAGACGAUUCAGCUGUUUCCGAUGUGUUUUCUAAUAACAACAGCCCAGAGAGUAGCGAAGCUGCUCGUGCUCUAAACGCUGCGUUUCACGACCCCGCGGCUCUAUACAAAGAGCUUAGAGGUAGUGAAGUGCGUUCUAACCUUCAGCGUAGCGAGUGGGAUACGUUACAUGAGAUCUUCGGUUACCUUGCUCAGUCUGGUUGGGCAGCUAAUCAAGCUCUUGCCAUCUACAUCGGUAAAUCUUUUUUCCCAACGGCUGUCGCCAAGUUCCGUGACUUCUUCUUCGAGACGUGUAACCUCGAGGUUGUUCAAGGACUUGUCCGCGUUGGGGCAAAAGAUGACGCCGUUAAGUUCCUCUUCCCCGUGUUUGUCGAGUUUUGUAUCGAAGAGUUUCCUGACGAGAUCAAACGUUUCAAGAGCGUUGUUGAUUCUGCAGACCUCACAAAGCCAGCUACUUGGUUUCCUUUCGCUAGAGCUAUGAAGCGUAAGAUUGUUUACCAUUGUGGACCGACUAAUAGCGGCAAGACUUAUAAUGCUCUGCAGAGGUUUAUGGAAGCUGAGAACGGUUUGUAUUGCAGCCCGCUCAGGUUGUUAGCCAUGGAGGUUUUCGAUAAGGUGAAUGCUUUAGGUGUUUACUGUAGUCUCUUGACUGGACAGGAGAAGAAGCAUGUCCCCUUCGCGAGACAUGUUUCUUGUACCGUUGAGAUGGUGUCUACAGAUGAGUUAUACGAAGUGGCUGUGAUCGAUGAGAUUCAGAUGAUGGCUGAUCCUAGCAGAGGUCACGCUUGGACUAAAGCUCUCCUCGGUUUAAAAGCAGACGAGAUUCAUUUAUGCGGAGACCCGAGUGUUUUGGAGAUUGUGCGUAAGAUGUGUAGCGAAACAGGAGAUGAGUUGGUCGAAGAGCAUUACGAGAGGUUCAAACCUUUGGUCGUUGAAGGUAAGACUUUACUAGGAGAUCUCAAGAACGUUAAGUCAGGAGAUUGCGUUGUUGCCUUCUCGAGAAGAGAGAUAUUCGAAGUUAAAAUGGCGAUAGAGAAACACACAAAGCAUCGCUGCUGUGUUAUCUACGGCGCGUUGCCUCCGGAGACGAGGAGACAGCAAGCGAAUCUGUUCAACGACCAAGAGAACGAGUACGAUGUUUUGGUCGCUAGUGAUGCCGUUGGGAUGGGGCUGAAUCUCAACAUAAGACGAGUUGUGUUCUACAGUCUGAGCAAGUAUAACGGCGAUAAGGUUGUGCCUGUACCCGCUUCGCAAGUGAAGCAGAUCGCCGGGAGAGCUGGAAGGAGAGGAAGCGUUUAUCCAGAUGGACUCACGACGACGCUACACUUGGAAGAUCUAACUUAUCUGAUAGAGUGUCUGCAGCAACCGUUCGAUGAAGUUAGAAAAGUAGGGUUGUUCCCCUUCUUCGAACAGAUUGAGGUCUUUGCUGCCAAAGUUCCCGACAUGGCGUUUUCGAAGCUCUUGGAGCAUUUUGGAAAACACUGCAGGCUAGACGGUUCUUACUUUCUGUGCCGUCACGAUCACGUCAAGAAAGUAGCAAACAUGCUGGAGAAAGUACAAGGGUUGUCUCUAGAAGACCGGUUUAACUUCUGUUUUGCGCCGGUUAAUAUCAGGAACCCGAAAGCGAUGUACCAUUUGUACCGGAUGGCGUCUACUUACAGCCAAGAUAUGCCGGUUAAUGUGGCCAUGGGGAUGCCGAAGAGUUCCGCUAGGAACGAUACAGAGCUGUUGGAUUUGGAGAGCAGGCAUCAGGUUUUGUCUAUGUAUCUUUGGUUGUCUAAUCAGUUUGAAGAGAAGAACUUUCCGUUUGUGGAGAAGGUUGAAGCAAUGGCGACGAAUAUUGCAGAGUUGUUGGGUGAAUCUUUGACUAAAGCUAAUUGGAAGAUGGAGUCGAAAGAAGAGGUGAUGAAGGGUCAGAAGAAGGAAGAUGGAGGAGGAUAUGAGAGACCAGUUUCACUGAUUAAGUUAGUUCGUAAUAAGUAAAGCAAAUUCAAGAUUAUGGGGUUUUGAGAGAAUCUUUUGUAUCUUUGUGGAUUUUGCUGAAAGUUUUGUCUUCAACUAGUUAUAAAAAGAUGGGUAUCAAAUCUUUAUACAUAUACUAGAGUCUUUGUCCGCGCUACGCGCAGAAAAUGCUUUUAAAUAUUUUAAUUUUAGAUAAUAAUCUACAAUAAUUUGUAGUUA